GGGAGCACCAAAAAAAAAGCCAACUCGCGAUUGAAAAUCGUCGGAAAUUUUGUAAAAUCCGAGUAUUUCUUCUCACUAAUUCCUUUCACGAUUUUCGUGCAAGUUCCGCUCUACGUAGCGAUUGUGAUCGGGGACUCCUCACUGCUCGUUUCGUGCAUGCCACGCAGCGCUUGCCGUUUUUCCCCGGGGAACGUGCACCGAGAAUCGAGGCAGGCAUGUCGGAUCAGCAGCAGCCGUGCUCAUCGCGGCAGGCGACGACGACGAAGCAACAGGAAUCGAACCAGGCAAAACAGGAACGGCGUAAACGACGCAAGCGGCGGUUAUCGAUGACCAAGAAGGAGAGCAAAGGGCUGAACGGAGCGGGGGGCGCCGAUGCGGAGGACGACAAGCGGGAGGCCGUGAACAAGUUUCUGGAGCCACUGGUGAAGGCGCUUCGCGAAUGUGAACCCGGCAAUGAGAUGCAGGUGUUUCUGGACGAGCUGCAACCGUCGGAGGCCAACAUCGAGCUAGGGCUGGCGCUGGUGAAGAGAGACCUGCAGCGGGUACUGUCGUUCGCGAGCAAUGCCGCCCAAAUCUUCGAGUUCGGUUCCGUGAAAUCCGGACUUGCUAUGCGCGACAGUGACCUCGACUUCUACAUACACUACCAGCACGAGCAACGAGAGCGCGAGGACCAAAUCAAGAUGAUCCAUGUGGUCGCUUCGAGGAUGGACAAAACGGGUUUAUUUGGGCAGAUCGUCAAGAUUACCGGGGCUAAGGUGCCGUUGUUACGAGUCAUCCACCUGAGUACCAACUGCUGCUGUGACAUCAACUUUAGCAAUGCGCGUGGUUGCUAUAACAGCAAGUUCAUCAAGGCAGUGAUGCAGUUCGAUCCGCGCAUACUUCACCUGGCCAUGAUCAUCAAGUUUUGGUCCAAGUGUGCGUACGUGUUGGAUGAGAAGCGGCAGUUCAACUCCUACUGCCUGGUGAUGAUGCUGAUCUUCUACCUGCAAACACGCAAACUGCCCGUUAUUCCAUCGGUCGAGGACAUGCAACAGGGCAUCCCGCGCAUCGAGUAUGGACCGUGGAAUCUCGGCUACCCACAGGCGAUCACGUACAAAACGUGGAACGAAAACUCAUUGCGGGAUCUGCUUAUCGGAUUCUUUCGAUACUAUUCCGAAUUCGAGUUUUCUCGCAAUCUCAUCUCUCCAUUCGUAGGAAGGCUGUGUUCGCUGCAGGAACUGGAGAAGAAAAACAUCCGCGAACUGGCCAAGUAUUAUCGAGCGUGCGAAGUCGACGGAUACACGCCGCUCAUGACGGGUCCGUGGAUCACCAUUCAAGAUCCGUUCGAACUGAACCUGAACGUGGCACGGGUGAUGGUGACGGAUAAACGGUUCGAACAGUUUCGCCUCAGUCUACAGCAUGGGUAUGAUGUUUGCACCAAGCACCGAGAGGCAAGUUUCGCGAAACUACUCGAAGCCCUGUUCACCGAUACGAAACAGUAUACGAAAGCGAAACCGAAACCGAAACCGACCAGCAAGCAAGAAAACGGAGCUCAAGCGGGGAAGAAGAGUGAAACGAAUGGUACAGCGGGGAAAGAUGCACCCAAAGCUCCCGGACAAACGUGGCGCUUCCCGCCACUGGAGAACGAGCUGUUCGUCGUGAAGCAGAUACUGUUGACGCGCGAUCCGGAGCGUAAGACCGUCAUCACGGAACCACGGAUUCGGCAGCUGUGGAGCGCUAGUGUGCUCGAGUUUAUGGUGGACAUCCUGCGGAAGCUGUUCAUGGUUGAGCUCGAUCCGGUUGAGGAGGAGCCUCAGCAGGGUGAGAAAAGGCCGGAUGAGAAAAAGCCUGAUGAAAAACAACCGGAUGAAAAGGAUACCGUUAAAGAGGCGGCGGAAGCGGAAGGUGAUGGUGAUCUGGCUUGCCCGCACAACAAACGAUUCAUUAUGACCUGCGAGCGGCAAGUGUUUAUCGCUCGUAAACGCAUCAAGAUCACCAACGAAGCGGAGCUCAAGCAAGAGAUCGACAUAUCCAAGCAACGCUGGGACCGUAACCAUGCUCUCCGUUUCAAGACUCCCGUCGAGUUGGCUGUGGUUGACGGGGUGAUCGAGCUGCGGUUGCCAGAGGAUCAGCGGAAGAAUGGUCCCUUGCGGCUAUUCAUGGACACCUGUUUUCUCGUGCACAUACGCAAGUGUCUGAAGGGAUACUUUUACGUGAUGCUGUCGAAGGCACAGCGCAAGAGAAUUGACUCCACGAACCAACAGGCGACGGAUACAGCAAAAAACUGAAAGAUCGUAUUCACGUGACGAUGCAGCGAUGAGCGACAAAGCCGGUUGGUUACUGAACAUGCAUCUUGACAUCACCGGUGUUGGGCACGGGACAAAAGGCCAAUUGCGAUGAUAAGGGAAUACAGCCUUUUCCCCUUUUUUACCUCAUUUCAAUUUUCUCUCCUUUUGGGGGAUGCCUACAACGACCCUAUCUCGUCUUAAGCGUGGAGAUACUUUUGCUUUUUACUUAGUGUACAUUUCAUUCAAAAUGUUUUAAUUUAUCUGCAA